UAACAAAUUAGUACUGAAGGAGGUUUUUAGGUUAUGUUUUAUUGUUGUCAAUUUACCAAUAACAACGUCGUUGUACACACUACACUGGCGAUCUACUGGGAACUGAACGUACUCGUUUUGUACAAAUUAACUAAAUCUUAAAAUGGUACGUUAUUCUGACGAUAGAAUUCCUCUUACACAAUCUCCAAGUAUUACUCAAGAGACUAAAGCCAGAUUUAAUGAGUUAUUGAAUGCAGCGUUAUCAAAGGAGGCUUUAUCAGAAUCAUCUAAUGAACAGACUGAUCGAGCACCGAAGGCCGCUCCACGACGAAAACAACAGAUCAAGUCUUCGGAAACUGAGCAUUGUAGUGAAAGACAAGUGCCUGUCAGCAGAACAAUUUCUUCAGGCGAUAGUUCUGAUAAUAGACAAUCAAAGAGGCAGGUCAUUGCAGAAGUACACAGCUCGCAAACACAGUUACUUCGGUCUAGCAGCGAAGAUGAUAUUUUGUCAGAGAAAAAAGAAAAGAAGAAGAAGAAGAAAUCAAAAUGGAAACAGAUAUCGGAAUCUGCACAGUUGAUUGGAGAGGGACAAGAAAAUACCGGUUUUCAGUUAGAUGAUAAUACUUCAGUCAAAAGUCCUUCUAGGUUAUCUAAUAGAAGCUAUACGUUAGAAACACCCACGUUUUUAGUUGAAGAUAUAAAGUUGUUAACGCGUAGAGCCCUCUUUCAAGACGGUUUUGAUUCUAAAGACAGUAAGAUUGAUGCAAGUCCUUCUCGAUUAUCAUGCAAAAGUUACACUGUGGAAACACCGACUUUUCCUGUUGAAUCGACCAGUAAGGACGAACCUGUUUUACCAAAAAUCAAAACUCCAAUACCACUUCCUAGGAGGAAAUCCCUUAAGUCUUCCUCUGGGGCAGAAGGAGAUGGUUUAGAAAAUACUCCCAAGAAAGAGGAGUACCGCAUUCCUAAAGUUAAAGUUGAAAGUGGGAGAGGUGACACAAUUGCGAUGGUUCACCAAUCCCCCUCCCAGAAGAAUGAAGAGAGCGAACAGGAUCUUUCAAGAAGUUCAGCUGCUGUCAAACAUUGGCAUUCUGCUUCCUUGUGUACAGAAGAAGACAUACCACUUUCAGUAAGAAAGCAGAAGAAAAAGAAAAAGAGAAGAAAACGAUCAAAAUCAAGAGAUGAGUUAGAAUUGCAAGAAUUAAACUCUAGUGCAAUUAAUGAAAAAGAUGGGUAUAUUGAAGAAGGACUCGAUCAUGCUACCAGUGAAGACAAUUUUAAAGGAAGUGAUUUGCCAGAAAAAUCUUCAUCUUCUGCAGAUGAAGAGAUUGUGGUGGUCACUGUUCAUGGGAUGGACUGUCCCUUGGUGGACCCACUGGUCCGCCAUCCAAUGGUCCGCCUCCAUGUCAUUGACACGAUGACGGGGGAGUACCGUCGUAAGUUAGAUCCUACCCGAGCGGUCUGCUACUAUGGAGAAAGUACUGGCUACAUCCCCCCCAUCAUGACACACAUGUAUGACUUCAAACAGCAUCGGAGUGUUACACCGCAGUGGGAGGAACGUCUGAUGCUGAAUGAACCAUUCCCUGUGCUGCUAGGCCCCACCACUCUUCUGCUGCUGGAGGUGUGUGACACUGUGCCCGCCACAGUAGCCUGCUCAGCAGCCCGUCACCACAAGCUGGGCAGGGCAGCGGGUUGGCACGUGGUGGCCUGGGCCUUCCUGCGGCCUAGUGGCGUUGCAGUUGACCGAGCCAGACUACAGCUUUACAAGCCCGCCAGACCGCCCAAACAUGUCCGGCCACUUUCACCUGUUGUGUACGAGUGGUGGGGGACAGCUGAUAGACACAAGUACCCAGGCUGCUUGUACGUGUCGGUGGGCUCGUCGAGCCCGCUAUCUCCUCCCUCUCCUCGGCUGCGCUCCCAACUGCCUCUCCAGUCAGAACAAGGCUCUUUGGCCUCGGUACGUUCUGCAUCCGUGGCGGGCUCAGUUGACACAAACCUGACCUCUGGUGGCAGUCAGACUAAACAGGAUGAGAAGGUGCCAGAGGUGGUGUGGUCUCGCAUGGUAGCGCAGAGCUGCAAGUUGCCGAACGCCAGGGCACACAGCCUCGCGGUAGAUGGCAGCAUGUGUGUGCGGUUCAGCCACAACGGGUUGUGGCUCGCCUGCGCACACCAGGAGAUACAGAUCUACUCAGUGCCUCAGUUCGGUCACUUCGCUACUCUCUCAGGGCACCAGGGACUGGUGUACUCUCUAUGGUGGAGCAGCGACAACAAGAUACUUGUGUCUGCGUCCGCUGACUGUACAGUCUGUGUGUGGAGACCUUCUCACAGCAGCUCUGCUCUCUUGCAGAUGUUGGGACACCCGUCGUUCGUGUACUGUGCUGUGUUGGUGCUGACGCGCAGCAGCUGCUUGCUAGUCUCUGGGUGUCACGAUGGCGCAGUACGGCUGUGGAGGGGGGAGACACACUCGGACUACCAGCUGGCGCAGGAGAUGACCGGACACGUCGGCUACGUCACGGCUGUCUGUGUCACUGUCGACGGCUCCCGGAUAGUGUCAGCUGACAGUAACGGCUCACUCAGGAUAUAUGAUGUGGAUGACGAUGGCAGCCUGACAGGGGGCAGGGAGCUGAGAGUGAGGGAAGUGCGAGGGACAAUCGUCAACAGCGUAGUGGCGCACCCUGGCGGUCACAGGCUGUUGGUACACCUGCGGGACUCCACAGUUCGCAGUGUCGACAUAGCCACCGGUGCAGUCAUUCAGACUUUCAAGGGCUGUACCAACGACCGCAUGCAGACCGGGAUGUGUGUGAGUGCGUGCGGAGGCCUGGUGUUCGCGUGUGGGGAGGAUGGGACUCUGAUGGCGUGGGAUGGACUUACCGGUGCACUGCGUGCCGUCUACUGCGGGUUACUGCCACCAGGCUGCGCUACUGUACACUACCACCCUCAUGAGCACAUGCUUGCAGUCGCCUCUCUCUCCCAGCCACCAGUUCACAUCCUCACUUUCGACAAGAAUGCAUCAGGAGAGGACAUCGGCUUGAGGAUCGUAAAGAAUGGAAUAACUGCUGUGGACGUUAUUGAGAAAAUGAAAGAUCUCCACAAUUCAAACAAAUGGCAGAGGGCGGCUUCCAAAAUUACAGCCAGCUCAUUGCAAGCUUCAAUGCUUCAAGACAAGAACAUUUUUAGAAAAGAAAAGAGUAAAGCCGGUGAGAAAGAAGAACAAACUGGACGACCUCAGAGUACAAACUGGCCCAGUCUUCCUCAAUUGGGACACUAUGCCGAAUAUUCCCCAGGCGCUAAAGAUCUUCGCUUGCUGGAGAUUCUCGAGAAGAUGGAUAGCAUUAUCCUUGCCGCCAAACGUUCUAGUCAAUCUUAGCAGACAUGAAUUGUCUUUCGUUAAUUGAGAAUUAGUGUUCAGAAUCAUAAA